AUGUCAGGCUGCGAGGCUCCGCUGAUCCGCGCACGCGCAGUGAAGAUGUCAGGCUCCGCUGAUCUGCAGCUGUAGUAAAGUUACUCUAGGCUCUUACACAGCACGCAUCAAAUCAAUACAUCUGAUCAGAUCUGAGCUUCUAACGGCUCUCUGCAGCGGCGGCGCAGUCAUGUGUGGAGUAUCCGGGCUCUGUCCCCGGUUAAGCGGCGGCGCAGUCAUGCGCGGCGGAGCCUGCGGUGUUCGGGCUCUGGCCCCGGUUCUUCUGCCCCGCUGGUUCUGUGGCGCCGGGGCCCGUCUCGCUCGUCCACACGGAUCGCUGCGGUUCUCAAGCUCGGACUCUGCGUCCGUGGCUCUGCCCGCUCACGCUCGAGUGGUCAUCUGUGGCGGAGGCGUCGUGGGCACGUCGGUGGCGUAUCAUCUGGCCAAGCUGGGCUGGACGGAGAUCGUGCUGCUGGAGCAGGGCAGACUCGGAGCCGGCACAACACGGUUCUGUGCAGGAAUCGUAAGCGUCGCCAAACCUCUUUCUAUUGAGAGUAAGAUGGCAGAUUAUUCGAUCGCACUCUAUGAGCGUUUGGAAGAGGAGACGGGCGUGAAAACGGGUUUCGUUCGGACCGGCUCUCUGUGUUUGGCUCAGAAUCAGGACCGGCUCCUGUCUCUGAAGCGUCUGGCGUCCAGACUGAAGGUUCUGGGCGUCAGCUGUAACGUCAUCAAGCCCAGAGACGUGGCGAGGCUGCACCCGCUGGUGAACAUGCAUGACCUGGUGGGAGCGCUGCAUCUGCCCGGAGACAGCGUGGUGUCCCCGCCGGAGGUCACUCGCGCGCUCGCUGUGGCCGCCGCGGCCCACGGAGUGCAGAUGUACGAGCACACCAGCGUUAAUCAUGUGGUGGUGCAGAAGGGCCACGUCACGGCCGUAGAGACCGACCGCGGGUCCAUCGAGUGUGAAUACUUCGUCAACUGUGCCGGACAGUGGGCCUAUGAGCUCGGUCAGAGCGGCGAGGUCAAAGUGUCUGUUCCCUUACACGGCUGUGAACACUUCUACCUGCUCACCAAACCCUUAUCUGAGCCGACUCGGAACGACAGCCCAGUGGUGAUAGACAUGGACGGGCGGAUCUACGCUCGGGCCUGGCAUGGAGGGAUCCUGUCGGGUGGCUUUGAGAAGAACCCUAAACCCAUCUUCACUGAGGGACGCAACCAGCUGGAGAUUCAGAACAUGCAGGAAGACUGGGAUCAUUUCGAGCCCAUGCUGAGCGCUCUGCUGCGCCGGAUGCCCGGUCUGGAGGCCUGCGAGAUCCAGCAGCUGGUCAACUGCCCAGAAUCCUUCACUCCGGACAUGCGCUGCCUGAUGGGAGAGACUCCGGGCGUGAGCGGGUACUUCGUGCUGGCGGGCAUGAACUCGUCCGGCCUGUCCUUCGCCGGUGGAGCAGGGAGAUAUUUGGCGGAGUGGAUCACGUACGGAUACCCCAGCGCUAGCGUCUGGCCCCUGGACAUCAAGCGCUUCGGGAACCUGCAGAGCAGCCGCACGUUCCUGCGGCACCGCGUGAUGGAGGUCAUGCCGCUCCUGUACGAGCUGAAGGUUCCUCGCUGGGACUUCCAGACGGGUCGGCAGCUGCGCACGAGUCCGCUGUACGACCGCUUGGACACGCAGGGAGCACGCUGGAUGGAGAAGCACGGCUUCGAGCGAGCCAAGUACUUCGUUCCAGCCGGGAAAGAUUUGCUGGCGCUGGAUCAGAGCAAGACCUUCUACAAGCCGGACUGGUUUGACAUCGUGGGUGCGGAGGUGAAGUGCUGUAAGGAGGCGGUGUGUGUCAUCGACAUGUCCUCCUUCACCAAGUUUGAGCUCACAUCUGCCGGAGAUCAGGCCCUGCAGCUGCUGCAGAGACUGUGUGCCAAUGAUCUGGACGUUCCUGUCGGUCACAUCGUCCACACGGGCAUGCUGAACCACCGAGGAGGCUACGAGAACGACUGCAGCGUCGUGCGCCUCAGCAAAAACAGUUUCUUCAUAAUUUCUCCCACCGAUCAGCAAGUUCACUGCUGGUCUUGGAUUAAGAAACACAUGCCCAGUGAUCCCCAGCUCCACCUGGAGGACGUCAGCUGGAAGUACACCGCUCUGAAUCUGAUCGGUCCUCGAGCCAUGGACGUGUUGUCUGAGCUCUCGUAUGUGUCCAUGACUCCAGAACACUUCCCCUCGCUCUUCUGUAAGGAAAUGAGUGUGGGUUACGCUAACGGCAUCAGGGUCAUGAGUAUGACGCACACGGGAGAACCAGGGUUCAUGCUGUAUAUUCCCAUAGAGUAUGCACUGCACGUGUAUAAUGAGGUGAUGUCCGUGGGGCAGAAGUACGGCAUCAGGAACGCGGGGUACUACGCUCUGCGCAGCCUGCGGAUUGAGAAGUUCUUUGCGUUUUGGGGGCAGGAUCUGGACUCGUUCACCACGCCGCUGGAGUGCGGACGGGAGUUCAGGGUCAAGUUUGACAAGGACACAGAUUUCCUGGGCCGGGACGCUCUGCUGCGGCAGCGCUUGCAGGGAGUCUCGCGCCGCUUCGUGAUGCUGGUUCUGGAGGAUCACGACACGGAGCUGGACGUCUGGCCCUGGUGGGGCGAGCCCAUCUACCGCAGCGGAGAGCUGGUCGGAGUGACCACCAGCAGCGCCUACAGCUACACGCUCCAGCGCCACGUGUGUCUGGGCUUCCUGAGCCCCGUCAACGCCGACGGCUCUCCGGCUGCGGUCACCGCCGACUUCAUCAACCGCGGAGACUACGAGCUGGACCUUGCUGGACAGAGGUUCCCUGCCAAAGCCAAGCUCUACCCCUUCAGCUCGCUCUUCACGCAGCAGAAGCGGCGCAAGGACGACAUGGAGCUCAGCAACUUCCAGAGCAAGUGAAGACGAGCCGCAGCGGACCCGAUGUCACCGGUCAGCCUCUCGACGGCAGUCGCUCGUUGUGUGUGCUUCAGCGCUCUAUAAAUGUGUGUUUUUGGGCUGUUGGUGUGAUGGUGUGUGUCAGGAAGCACCUGCGCGGUGAACAGACACGGCCCAGUUUUGACAGCUGACAGUUAUUUGAAAGCAUAAUUGACUUUAGAAAGAAAGCCUUUCUGUGUUUCUUACUAAAUAGUUGAACUUUUGCUCUGUUGAUAGUCCGGUCACGUCUUCUUGAAGAAGUCCUGUUCUGCUCAUCAUUGUCAAGGUCUGGCUUUUUGCCACGUCACAUGGUUUCACAUAAAGGGAUGUAUUUUUAUAUGUCAGAUUACCACUAGACAAUCAGUGUCCGUUUGAAGCGUUGAAUUUUAAUUGGAGAGAACUGGAGCAGAAUUUCACACUUCGUGCCACACUGUUUUGUAAUGAGACUAUAACACUAAAUGAGGGACGUGUAAAUUAUAUGUGACAUUAAUGAGAUCCUGGAGCGACGCUUUAUAAAGUGCCUUGCAGCAUUCGCAGCGUGAAGCACAUGAAGUCGUCUGGUGUUCGUCUCGGUGUCCUUCUGCUCGUGUGUCUCUAGUAAAGGCUGUUUAUAGUGUCGUCUCAUCAGGAUGGCCUUGUGUUCUGAAUCACGUGAUCUGUUGGUUGUGAAUCUGUUCGUGAGAUGGUGUCGACAGCAUAAUAUUUACAUCAUCUGUAUGUUAAAGGUUAUUUAAAAGCUUAGAGCCAGAUCAUAUUUAAAUGCACUAAGAAUUGCACGUCAUGUUUAAAUGAGAAGCAGCUUUGCACAGUGAGGAUCGGUGGUGUGUUUGAAAGGCCACUCAAUGAUUACAACGAGGGGAAUUUAAUAAAAACAUGUUCAGGACAAAGUUCUUUCUUUUUCUGUUUCUUUUUUUAGUACAAAAUAUAAUUUCUGGUUUCUUUGAGGUGAAAUAAGAGUAAAGCAUUGCACACAAUGCAAGUAAAUCACUAAAGUUUAUUCAGCCACAGUGACUUGUACUUUUAACUGCGCUCAUCUCUUGAUUUGAUGUUGUCCUGCGAGUGUGUGUGUGUGUAGAUCUGUCAGUGCGAGACAGAAUAGUUUGUUAGGCAUCGGUUGUGUAGAGAAUCUAAGAAGAAUGAUCUGUUGUUGGAGAUCUGAUUGUCGUGUGAUUCGGAGCUGGAGAGAUCAGGUGUGCACCUUAUGCUUUGCUUGUACCUGCUGUGUUUUUUAAAUGUCAGACAAAGAUAACAGGACUAUUAUACAGUAAAUAUGAUCCUUCUGGUCGUCUUUGUAUUUAUAUCAUUAUAUUGUACAAAUGUUUGAUUAAUUUUCAUAAAUAAAAUAUGUAAUCAAGGUUUGA